AUUAUAACUACCCUUACUUGUAUAUUGUACUACUAUAAAAAUGGAAAGUCUUUGGCUAGCUGUCACAACAUCAACUAAAAGUACAUCAAAUUGUAAGAAGUGAGCAAUGGCAACUGCAGCAGCUGGUAGAGGAGCACAGUCCAUGAACUUCAUGUAUUUCAAGCCAAUGCUGCGCAAAGCAUAUCAUAGAAAAAGCACUUCCCCAGAUAUGAUUAGUGAUACAGUUAAACUGAAUGGUGAAGAAGUGAAGAGUAGCAAGGGUGUGAUGAAAAAUCAUGAUGACAGUUGGUGGGUACCUGAUGAUCGUACUGGAAUAUUUUAUCCAAAGGGACAUGAGAAAGUGAUUGAAGAUGUCCCCUCUGCUGCAGGAAGGGAUUUUGGAGCUAUUAAUUGGUUUUCUAACCAUGAAGAUUGUCUAUAAUUAAUUCCUAUUUAAAAUGUAAAAUAAUAAUUUAUUGUACGUCUUAAAUGUUGUUCUGGUAAAUGUAUCCUCCUAUUGUUGAAGUUGCUUUGUUUUAUAAGGAAUGUCAAGGUGCAUUGAUCUU